CUCAAACGACGGCCCAGUAGUACAGUGAGAGAAGCAACAGCAUUCCCAAAUCCCAAUACAACUAUUCUCAUCCCGGUGGGGAAACGCGAAAAUGGGGAUUUGGGGUUUCAUCACCUCCGGCACCGAUUUGUUGAAACGGAACACUCCUGAUCCAGUCAAGCGAGCAUGCACAGCGUCUUAUGGCUACGGAGCCGGUGCCGUUGGAAUGAUCGGCAACGCCUGUGGACAAAUCGGCAUUCGCCACCUCAACCCGAUUCACUAUGUGCCCGACGGUGAAACACGCUCAAAGAUUGCCGCUUUCUCCACCAAAUUCGUCAAAAACGCAGCCGUUUACACGUUCGAAGAAACUUGCAAAAAGAACCCAUUUACAAAGGGAUUGACUUCAGUUUAUAAACAAACGAUGGGCGAGAUGGUAUGGGGAAAUCAGGAUUCUGGUUCAUCUAUGAAACCUGAUUCCAGUGAACCCAUGGAAUCGGUUGAUGUUGACCUUGACCCAAUUGAUCUCCGAGAACGGGAAGAUGAGCAUCGAAGGAUCUUUGUGCCUGUAAAAGAACUCGUUUCCAGUCGUUUCUUCAACGAGUUGAUUAUUCGAGAUGUACUAAUCGCAACGUGUAAGGAUUGCACUGCAACACAUAUCCCACAAACUAAGAUUCCAGAGGAAGAUGAUUGAGAGCCUGAGAGGUGCCCUUGCUUGCUAUAGUUUCCCUUUGUACUCUAGGGCCGCUUGUAUUUUAUGUAAAUUUUGGGUCCUUUUCUGAAUUCUAUUCACCCUGUGAUGCCUUCUCUGCUUUUUAAAAUCAAUUAAGCACAUUGAAGAAGCACUCGUACACAGCAUUCUGCUCUCUCGUUACUCAUGACUCCUCCCAUUAACUAAUGAGUUUAUUCUGCUUAAUAUCCUCCUAAACUUCAAAUAUUUGACAA